AUGGAGGAUCCACGAUUCCAAGUGAUCACUUGGGGAGUUGUGGCUUUUCGAAUCCUGGGUUCCCAGAUCCAGGUGGUUGGCACUGCUGCAGGACCUGUCACCUGCGAACAAACAGUAUUUCGUGCUGAAGCGCAGGCGAUUACGUACCUGGUGGCUAAAGUCCAGGGCAGCAUUGAUGUUACCUUGGACGCCAAAGGGGUGAAGCAACUUGCUGAGAGGGCGCCAAGAUGGAAGUCGGAGGAUUUGUUUCAGCCGGUGCGUGCCGAAAUGGAUCGGGUCUCCCUUACUUGGAUCAACAGCCACCUCACUGAGAAGGAAUACAUUGCCAAGUUUGGAGCUGCCUCCCUAUGGAGGUGGCAGGCCAAUGAGGAGGUGGAUAGGCUGGUGCAAAACCGAGCCAAUGAGAGAAGGGAUUUGGCCUGGGAACAGAAAGUCCUCAUCAAGGAUGAGGUGGUCAUCAGAGUGAACUCCCUGUUGGCGCAGAGAACAGCGGCGAUGUUUCAAUAUGAUCGGCUUGAUGGCCCCCAGGUUGUUUAUCCUGACUCCAAGGAGGACAAUACACCUUCGCAGAAGAAGCUUCGUAAAGGGCCCAAGCAGACGAAGCUUUUUAAAGCCCAAAAGCAGCGCAAAAGAAAAACCCAGGUAGCUCCACCUGGUGAAGGCAAGCUGAACAAGAGGCAGCAGAUGGAGGCAAUGCUUGAUGGUGCUCGACCGGCCUUGGGGCAUAAUUGGGUGGUCGGGCAUCAGUCCAGAGACCAGCUCACGAUCAAAUGCAGCACCUGUGGGCUGUAUGUGCAACAAACGGAGUCGAUCACUAUCUUUGACAGGAAUGCCGGCAAAGAUACCAGGGCAAAGACAAAGACCUCUGGGUAA